AAAGAGAUAGUGUUCUGAAGCAAGUUAAAAACAGUGUUAAGCCAGAGAUUGACNCCAUCUGCCGGCCUUUACACUAUUCAGCUGUCAUCAACCCUAGAGCCUGCUAUGCAUUGUUGCUGGCUCUGUGGCUUGGAGGAUUUACCCAUUCCAUUGUACAAGUAGCACUUAUCCUGCACUUGCCUUUCUGUGGCCCAAACCAGCUGGAUAACUUCUUCUGUGAUGUCCCACAGGUCAUCAAGCUGGCCUGCACUGACACCUUUGUGGUGGAGCUUCUGAUGGUCUCCAACAGUGGCCUGCUCACACUCCUGUGCUUCCUGGGGCUUUUGGCCUCCUAUGUGGUCAUUCUCUGCCGAGUUAGAGGGCACUCCUCUGAAAGAAAGAACAAGGCUUUCUCCAUAUGCACUACCCAUAUUAUCGUUGUGUUUCUUAUGUUUGGACCUGCCAUUUUCAUCUAUACUCGCCCCUUCCAGGCUUUCCCAGCUGACAAAGUGGUUUCUCUUUUCCACACAGUCAUCUUCCCUUUGAUGAACCCUGUAAUUUAUACUCUUCGCAACCAGGAAGUGAAAGCUUCCAUGAGGAAGUUCUUAAGUCAGCACAUGGUUUGCUAG